CUCCCACUUCCCAUUUUUCUUUCCUUUUGUGUUCUUCUUCUCUGCGCUUCACCCCCAAUCUCUCUCUCUCUCUCUCUCUCUCUCUCUCUCUCCGGAAGAAAAAUAAAAGAUCUAUCUUUGACGGCUCCUCUCAAUCUUCCUCACUCCAUUCUAGAUUUCUGUUUCGAGUCUGCGUAUCCUUUGUAUAUCGUAUUGUCAUUUCCCGAGUUUGGCUAUGUCGUGUUUGAUCUGAUACUGGGUUCGUCUCGCUUCCUGCUUCUUCAUAUCCCUAUUUUGGUAUGUUUUAGGGUUUUAGUCGGAAUAGACUGAUGGAUUCGUGGGGAGCUUGAUGGCUAUUGUUAGAUGAGAUGUGGAAUUGAGCCAUCACUGAAGUAAAGAGUAUAUGGAAGAAGCAAAGAUCCUUUUCAUUGUUUUAAGGUUACAGUAGAUGCUGUGAGGAAAAAAAAGUAGCAGUUUUGUUGGAUUUUGGGGAUAAAAAAGUGAAGACUUUGCGUGUGUUAUCUGAGAUAAAGAUUGGAUGGUGGGAAGAGAGGAUGCUGUGGGGACUGAUGAGGCUCCUCCUGGUUCGAAGAGAAUGUUUUGGCGGUCUGCGUCUUGGUCUGCCUCACGUACUGCGUCACAAGUUCCUGAGAGUGAGCAGCAACAUCUGAACAUCCCGUGUGCUAAUAGUUCCGGGCCGAGUCGAAGAUGCCCGACUGCUCCUUUGACGCCUCGGUCACAUCAUAACAGCAAGGCUAGAGCUUGUUUGCCGCCACUGCAGCCUCUUUCUAUUUCCAGAAGGAGCUUAGACGAGUGGCCUAAGGCGGGCUCGGAUGAUGUAGGUGAGUGGCCUCAUCCUCCGACGCCUAGCGGGAACAAAACCGGGGAGAGAUUGAAGCUCGACUUAUCGUCGACGCAGCAUCGGGUCCCAGAUAAGAGCUCUGGUCUAGCUAAGAGGGAGAAGAUUGCUUACUUUGAUAAAGAAUGUUCAAAGGUCGCUGAUCAUAUAUAUGUGGGCGGAGACGCUGUAGCGAAAGACAAGAACAUAUUGAAAAAGAACGGAAUCACACAUAUCCUGAACUGCGUUGGCUUUAUCUGUCCGGAAUAUUUCAAGUCUGAUUUUUGUUACCGGUCAUUGUGGUUACAGGACAGUCCAUCGGAGGAUAUAACUAGCAUUCUCUACGAUGUGUUUGACUACUUUGAAGACGUUAGGGAGCAAAGUGGGAGGAUCUUUGUUCACUGUUGUCAAGGGGUUUCACGGUCUACCUCAUUGGUGAUAGCAUAUCUAAUGUGGAGGGAAGGGCAGAGUUUUGAUGAUGCUUUUCAGUAUGUGAAGUCUGCUAGAGGUAUUGCUGAUCCUAACAUGGGCUUUGCUUGCCAAUUGUUACAGUGCCAAAAGAGGGUUCAUGCGUUCCCGCUUAGCCCUACUUCCUUACUUAGAAUGUACAAAAUGUCUCCGCACUCCCCUUAUGAUCCUUUGCAUCUUGUUCCAAAACUGUUGAAUGAUCCAUGCCCCUCUUCUCUGGAUUCAAGAGGUGCGUUCAUCAUUCAGUUGCCUUCUGCGAUUUACAUUUGGGUUGGUAGGCAGUGCGAAACCAUCAUGGAGAGAGAUGCAAAAGCUGCUGUUUGUCAGAUUGCUCGGUAUGAGAAAGUCGAAGCACCUAUUAUGGUGGUCAGAGAAGGCGAGGAGCCUGCUUAUUACUGGGACGCUUUUGCAAGCAUUUUACCAAUGAUUGGGGACUCGGUUGUUAAAAUUCAACCAGGCGACAGGAAGGUCGACGCGUAUAAUCUCGAUUUUGAGAUUUUCCAGAAAGCAAUCGAUGGAGGUUUUGUGCCAACUCUAGCAUCAUCCAACAACGAACUUGAGACUCAUCUUCCUGCAAGGGAAAACAGUUGGAGUUCACUGAAAUGCAAGUUUGCAUCAAGGUUUGAGAGGGGUUUUCGUUCUGUCUCCAAAACGCCACUUUCCAGGGUCUACUCUGAUUCGAUGAUGAUCGUGCAUGCAACAGGCUCACCUUCAUCAACAACUUCUUCAUCAUCAUCUGCUUCGCCUCCUUUUCUGUCUCCUGACUCGGUAUGCACAACAAAUUCAAGAAAUAGCCUAAAGAGUUUCUCACAAACUUCGGGGCUCUCGUCGUUGAGACCUUCUUCUUCCAUUCCACCAUCUUUGAUACUCCCCAAAUUUUCCAGCCUCUCUCUCCUCCCUUCCCAAACUUCUCCUAAAGAAUCUCGUGGUGUCAGUAAUUUUCCACAGCCUUACAUUGAAUCGUCACCAAAUAGAAAGGUUUCACCUUCUCUUGCCGAGCGUAGAGGCAGUCUGAAAAGGUCUCUGAAGCUGCCAGGUUUAGCUGAUUCCAACAGAGGCACAACUGGUUUCACUAUACACCCGGAUGAUAGUAAUGACAUUGUCUUCGACUUGGAGGGUGUUAGAAAAGUUGAUCUAAACCCAUUAAGUGAUUGCGAGGGGAGAACACCUUCCGGCAGAAAUGUAGAUUCAGAUUUGCCACAGAAGGAAAUGAUAUCUUUGUUCAGUAGCAGUAAAUCUGAUAAACAUGAAUCAGGAAACGGCGACUCGGGCCAGCCUUUAGCAUGUCGGUGGCCAAGUAUGGAGAUGAUUACAGAACUGAGCAGAGCUUACUUAGAUUCAGAAUCUGUUAUAGCAAUACCGUUGCCAAGUGAUGAUGUAGGAGAAACCGGUAGUAAGACUUUGUACAUUUGGAUAGGAAAGUCAUUCUCUUUCGAUAACAACUCUUCUCUGUUAGAUAGCAACAAAGCGGUAGACACUGUGGAGAAUCUUGAUUGGGUACAGAUUGGUGAAGCCAUUUUGUCUCGGAUGGACUUGUCUAAAGAUACCCCUAUAAAGAUAGUUAGGGAAGCUGAGGAUCAGACAGAAUUUCUUGCACUGCUGAGUGCGCUUUAACACUCGCCCACAAGUUCUACACAAUUACUCUUCUUCUUCUUCCUUUUUCCUUUUUCCUUUUUUCUUUCUCUUUCACCUACUCCUUCAAUUCAACAUAUUUCCAUUUUCAGUCAGAGUAUUCCGCUCAGAUGACUGGUUAUGGAAGUUGAUGUUGGGAAAACAGCUCUCUUUGUACAGUUGGGAGAAGAACUUCUACCACAAUGUAUCCUCCUCAAGGGGCCAUUAUUAGCGUUAUCAGAUAAAAUUGUAAGAUUAGGGCUCUAAGAGGACUUUAGAUAAUGAACUUUCUUACGAUGUUUACAUAUUUACUCAGCACAAUAGAUUUUUGUUAUCACCAUGUUGCUAAACUUCCUUUACGGUGUUCAAGUAAAGUACUAAAAAGUAGGUUUUGUUUUAUGUUCAAGCCUAAUCGAAGUUUUAUUUAAUUAUAGUCUUAACUCUUAAAACGAUUCAUUUGACUAUUUUC